AUGGCCGAAGCUCCGAAGACCGAGGCUCCUAAACCCGACGAGCCCACCACGCCAAUUCAGGAGCUAUGGAAAGCCGUUCAAGCCCAGUCUUAUCCUGAAGUCUGGGGCGUCACCCUAGCAGAUCCGGAUACUCACAUCCCCAGUCAGAUCGUGUUGCAGAAGUACCUAAAUGCCAAUGACGGCGACAUCGUCAAGGCCCGAGAUCAGCUAGAAAAGACUCUGGCGUGGCGCGCUAAGACGAAGCCUUUAGAGCUCCUUGAGAAGACAUUCUCAAAGGCCAAGUUUGAGGGUCUUGGAUAUGUUACCAAGUAUGUCGCCGGCGAGGAGAAGGCCACUGAUGACGACCCCGAGUCCAAAGAGGUCUUCACCUGGAACAUCUACGGUGGUGUUAAGUCGAUCAAUGAGACCUUUGGCGUUUUAGAUGAGUUCAUCAGCUGGCGCGUCGCCCUCAUGGAGCUCGCCAUACAUGAGCUAUCUCUCUCCACGGCCACGAAGCCCAUCACAGCCGACUGGGAUCCGUACAAGAUCUUCCAGGUUCACGACUACAAGUCCAUCAGCUUCCUGCGCCAAUCGCCUCAGGUCAAAGCCGCCAGCACCGAGACUAUCCGCGUGUUCGCCCUGGCCUAUCCCGAGCUUCUCAAGGAGAAAUUCUUUGUCAAUGUGCCUGCGAUUAUGGGUUUCAUGUACGGUGUUAUGAAGCUCUUCGUCGCCCCCAAGACGAUCAAGAAGUUCCAUCCAAUGUCGAACGGCGGAAACUUAGCCCAGGAAUUCGCUGGCAGCAAGGUUCCCGCGCUUGGCGAAAAGUUGCCCGCCGAGUACGGUGGUAAGGGUGGAGAUCUGAACGCUCAGGGAAAGGGGCCUUCUGUCGAGUAA